CCGGGGUCCCGCGGCAUGGCGGGGGCGGGGCCGGGAGUGAUGCACACCGAGUAGGCUGGGGUGUCCCGGCCUCUUGCACCAGGACCGGACAGAGAUGUGAUAAUGGAUCAUCAUGUCUCCACCAUUAAACCUCGAAGAAUCCAGAACCAGAACGUCAUUCACCGCCUGGAGCGCCGGCGGAUCAGCUCAGGCAAGGCGGGUACCCACUGGCACCAGGUCCGAGUUUUCCACCAGAAUGUCUUCCCCAACUUCACAGUUGUCAACGUGGAAAAGCCUCCGUGUUUCUUGCGUAAAUUCUCACCCGAUGGACGCUACUUUAUUGCUUUUUCUUCUGACCAGACAUCUCUUGAAAUCUAUGAGUACCAGGGCUGCCAAGCAGCAGAGGACCUGCUGCAGGGAUAUGAGGGGGAGAUCCUGUCCAAUGGCAAUGACCAGCGGUCGGUCAAUAUCCGAGGCCGGCUCUUUGAACGCUUUUUCGUCCUGCUGCACAUUACCAAUGUAGCAGCCAACGGUGAGCACCUGAACCGGGAGUGUACUUUCACGGAUGACUGCCGGUGUGUCAUCGUGGGCUCUGCUGCCUACCUCCCGGACGAGCCGCACCCUCCUUUCUAUGAGGUGUAUCGGAACAGUGAAUCGGUGACCCCCAACCCACGGUCCCCUCUGGAGGACUAUUCGCUCCACAUCAUCGACCUGCACACUGGCCGCUUGUGUGACACACGCACAUUUAAGUGUGAUAAAGUGGUCCUGUCGCACAACCAAGGGCUCUACUUGUACAAAAACAUCCUGGCCAUCUUGUCUGUGCAACAGCAGACCAUCCAUGUCUUCCAGGUGACUCCUGAGGGCACUUUCAUCGACGUGCGGACCAUUGGCCGCUUUUGCUACGAGGAUGACCUCCUCACUGUGUCAGCCGUUUUCCCCGAGGUGCAGCGGGACAGUCAGACAGGCAUGGCCAACCCCUUCAGGGACCCUUUCAUCAACUCCCUGAAACACCGGCUGCUGGUGCACCUGUGGCGCCGGGCGGAACAGGAUGGCAGCGCCAUGGCCAAGAGGCGCUUCUUCCAGUACUUUGACCAGCUCCGGCAGCUGCGCAUGUGGAAGAUGCAGCUUCUGGACGAGAACCAUCUGUUUAUCAAGUACACCAGUGAGGAUGUGGUGACCCUGCGCGUCACAGACCCAUCCCAGGCCUCUUUCUUUGUGGUGUACAACAUGGUGACGACUGAGGUGAUCGCUGUGUUUGAGAAUACCUCGGAUGAGCUUUUGGAGCUCUUUGAGAAUUUCUGUGACCUCUUCCGUAAUGCCACCCUGCAUAGUGAAGUCCAGUUUCCCUGCUCAGCUUCUAGCAACAAUUUUGCAAGGCAGAUCCAGCGCCGGUUCAAAGAUACAAUUAUAAACGCCAAGUAUGGCGGGCACACGGAGGCGGUACGCCGGCUGCUGGGACAGCUCCCCAUCAGCGCCCAGUCUUACAGUGGUAGCCCCUACCUGGAUUUGUCUCUGUUCAGCUACGAUGACAAGUGGGUGUCAGUCAUGGAGCGACCCAAGACCUGCGGCGAUCACCCUAUCAGGUUCUACGCCCGUGACUCUGGCCUGCUCAAGUUUGAGAUCCAGGCAGGCUUACUGGGCCGCCCCAUCAACCACACUGUGCGACGCCUCGUUGCCUUCACCUUUCACCCUUUUGAGCCGUUCGCCAUCUCUGUGCAGAGGACUAACGCGGAGUAUGUUGUGAACUUCCACAUGCGCCACUGCUGCGCGUAGCCCUCUUGCCCCGGCCAGGCCAUCUGCCCUUCCGGACCUCGACCCUUCUCGUUUUGUGGGCAGCAAAAGCUGAUGACUGCCACUGGUGACCCUCACAUGGACAGAGCCAGACAGAAGAGCGAGGGGUGCAGUGUAGUGGAACUUUCUGGGUCCUCUUGCCUUUUCCCUGUGGGAAUGCCCAGCAUUACUUACAUCUGUUUAGUUUUUGUUUAUUUAGCAUUUAUCGCUGUGAAGAUAAAAGCAUUACACCUUUACCCAUUUGUGUCACUUCUUUGGGAUUAUGGUCUGCAGCCUGAAGCAGAAAAAUUGUGUUUACUCAUAGAACUGUAUACAUCCUUUUCAUUUAUGCAGCAAGCAGGGCUGUCUUUAUAAGAAAAAAAAAUAAAGC